CAUUCUGAUUACAUUUUUCUUUUUCAUAACAGUUGAUGGAUAUCAAUGAGAGCCCGGUAUAUGUUCUUCUGAAUCCUUCAAUCAAUCCUGCACAAAAAGAUCUCCCGGUGACCAUCUACGAAAGUGAACUGCAUGUCAUUGAUGGGAUUCCACAACUGAUUUUUGUUCGUGCAAACUAUACUAUUGAGACUGUUGAAGCAGAGCGAAUCUCUGUUGAUCAUGUUGCUCAUCUCAAACCAUCUGAUGGAGGCUCAGCUGCAACUCAGUUGGCUGCACAUCUUACUGGUAUACAUAGUGCCAUCAAGAUGCUGAACAGCAGAGUGAGGGUGCUUCACCAUUAUCUUCUUGCCAUGCAAAAGGGUGAUAUUCCUUGUGAGAACUCAUUGCUGAGGCAAGUUUCAAGCCUUCUAAGAAGAUUGCCUGCCAUUGAAUCAGCAAAAUUUCAAGAUGAUUUCUUAAUGGAAUACAAUGACACUCUCUUGAUAACUUAUCUUGCUAUGUUCACCAACUGCGCAAGUACCAUGAAUGAACUGGUGGACAAAUUCAACACUGCAUAUGACAGGCAUAGCAGGAGAGGGGGUCGGACUGCUUUUAUUUAGAAUUUGUGAUUGUGCAGAGUUCCUCCACCAUGGCGUAUUCUUAACCAGGCUGUGGCUAUCAUUUGUGUGACUAGAGACAGGCAUCAUGUAAAGUGAAGGAUCAUGUACUUGGGAUUAACAAGAGAAAGAAAAGCCUUCGGUUUGAUUUAAUUA